GCGCUGGCAUGGACGAUCUGUGGACGGCAUACGAGGCGUGGGCGAGUCCCGUGGGAGACAGUAUUCUGUCAUUCAUGGACCCGUCUGGCGGGUACAAGCAGUCUGCGAUUGCAUCGUGGCCGUUGGGAGACUUCAGCACAGCUCUUGCCGUCGCGUUCGGGUACCUUGCGUUCGUCGUGGUUGGCACUGCAAUCAUGAAGGCGGGUGUGCCUGCGAUCAACAUCACAGCGUUGCAGUUCGUGUACAACCCUGUCCAAGUCCUCGUGUGCUCGUACAUGUGUCUGGAAGCGGGCAUCCAAGCCUAUCGCAACCACUACACGUUCAUGCCAUGCAACCCGUACAACAAAGCGAACCCGGUGAUGGGAAACGUUCUGUGGCUUUUCUACGCGUCCAAGUCGCUCGACUUCAUGGACACGGUGUUCAUCAUUUUGGGCAAGAAGUGGAAGCAGCUCUCCGUCUUGCACGUGUACCACCACUUGACUGUGUGGAUUGUGUAUUGGCUGCUCUUCCGCGUCAUGUACGACGGCGAGAUUUACAUGACGAUCUUGCUCAACGGCGCGAUCCACACGAUCAUGUACAUGUACUACUUUGUCAGCGCGCACACCAAGACGAUCUGGUGGAAGCAGUACUUAACCGUGCUCCAGCUGCUCCAGUUCGUCACCAUGAACGUCCAAGGGUUCCUCGUCCUGUACAAGUCAUGCCCGACCGUCCCGUUGAACGUGUCGAUUGCGUACAUGGUGUACGUGCAGUCGCUGUUUUGGCUCUUUGUCUACUUCUUCAUCACGUCGUACUGUGGAGCGGGGCGGACGCGCCACCCCGCCGCCAUCGAGAAGAAGGCCGUGUAAACACUCGAUCAUCCAUGCUGUCAUAGAUUUGUUUG